AUGCCCCACAUCCCCAGUCUCCCCACCUCUCCUGUCCUGAGGAGCCCAGCUUUGGAGUGGCUCUGGGCCCAGGUUGUCAUGGCGACCUGCUCUUAUCCCAACAAAGAGCCAGAACAAAUUGGAUGGAGUGACCUCACAUUUCCUAUGGGCGGAACAGAGCACCUGUGGUUGCUUGCGAGUUUAUGUCAGGUGGUCUUGCUCACCUGUGAACAGAAUUCAGUCCCUGUUGUGGUUGAGGUUGUGUUUCAGCCCUUCCCCUCUGGUCAAGAUCCAGAGGUCUACAAGGUCUCCUGCAGGACUCCAAGCAGCUAUACGGUGUUAGUGGAUCCCAUUGAUCACUCAGCAUGCUCCCCUGACUGCAAGUUGUUGUUGCAACUGGUUGAGGAUCCAGGAGGAUAUAACAUCACACUGAGAGCCAACAGAAAUGAAACCACACUGGAUGCAAAAACCUUUCACCUCAUUCCAGUCUCCCUCGCCUCCCUCCAUGUAUACACCACAACCACCACUGCCGUCCUCACCUGGAAACUUCAAAGCGGACAACACCUCUCAACACUCAGCCUGUUUAACACUCACACACAAUCCGUCACACACAUCCUCCACAUAAAUUCAUCAGAGACUCAGUCCCAGUACACAGUCAAAGGUCUUCAGUCCGGCACACGCUACAAAGCCACAGUUGUGGUGACCACAGCCCUCGCAAGCCUUCAUGUAACCUUGAUACAGAGUCUCACUAUUGGCAUGGAAACAGCUCACUGCCCAGCUGGCUGGUUAGCAAAUUGGAGGAGCUGCUACACUUUGAGAAGGAGAAGCUUGGCCUGGAGCAGUGCCCAGCAAAGUUGCAGAGACCUGGCAGCAGGAGGUCACCUGGCUGACCUGCACACCCCGGAAGAUCUCAUCUUUAUGGCUUCACACCUGCUCACCCAUAACAGCCUGCUGCUGCUCUGGACUGGACUCAAUGACCAAGAGGAGGAGGGUCAACCUCACUGGACUGAUGGCUCGGCCUACAACUUGACCAGCUCUGUGACAUCAUUGCUGCCAGCCAAUCAGACGGAUUGUUAUGCCUUUCAGAAGAACGCCACGGGACCAGGAUACUUUCUCACUCCGUUCUUCUGUAACAUCCCCUUACCCUUCAUCUGCCAGUACAAGAUCCCCCUCGUUCCUGCCUCAUUCUCCCUCGACCUGGUUCAGGUCACAGAGCAAGAAGUAGAGCUUCGCUGGAGUGACCUCUCACCCCUGAACUCACUUGACCACUCUCCUUCUCAGAUUUUCCUCCAGUACCAAGAGGAGGCAAGGGGAAAGCCAGGACCAAGAGAGGAGGAUAGAAGCAGGAAGAGAAAUAGGAAACUAAUAAGCGAGGGUGAAAAGGGGGCACAGAGGCACAGCAGUGUUCCUGUGUCCCUCUCAUCUAGAGGUGUGACUGUGGCAGGCCUGUCCCCUGGGAGUGUCUACUCUUUCAGCCUUAGAGCCUCUCACCUUUCUGGUUCCUCCUGGAGCCUUGGUCCAACUCGCACCGCCUAUACUAGACCUCUCCCUCCACAGAAUAUCACUGUUGGUCCUGUUACAGUCAAUCAUGUUAGUGUUCAAUGGAUGCUCCCAGACUCCCAGUAUUUCACUGGAUGGACUUUCGUUGUACGCUAUAUGGACAUGAUGUCAAGACAGGAGAGGAUAGUUGGGAUGGCCAACAUCUCCAGGUCACCUGGAACCGGUGGAUUUCAGUCAUACACCGCUGUGAUUGGAGGGCUGGAGCCUUACAGGAAGUACAAGGUUGGAGUUUUCACAAUCACACAGCAUGGGACUGAGAGCUGCGGACAGGCACCUCUGACCGUACAAACUGCGGUGAGUCCCCCUAGUGGUCUGGUGGUGUGGAGCGCUGGGGGAAACCUGACAGCCUGUUGGACCAGUCCAUCUGAUGACCCUCCAGAUGGUUAUUAUAUCACAUCCCACCCACUCAACCACCCCAGCACAACUGCAUUGUGGAUAAACCAGUCGAAUCCUAGUGCACUCUGGGUAAAUGGGUCUGUAUGUGUUGUUCUGGGCACAUUCACUCCAGGCCAGACCUAUGAAGUGGGAGUGGUGUCAUUGCAAGGACAAGACAAGAGCCAGGGGACCAGAAUCGUACACACCACAGAACCAUGGCCAGUGCAGGUCGCAAUCCCUCUUUCAGUGGGCACAGACUCUGCACAAGUGUAUGUCCAGCGUCCACAGCUUGGUCUGGUUGAUGGUGUGAGGGUGUGUGUGUGUCAAGGAGUGUGUAAUGAUGCGUGUGAUGGAGUGUGCGACUAUAGGUGUGACUGGCAUAGCCUCUAUCCCGGCACUCGCACAGUAACCGUUAGCAACCUGAGUCCAGGAUCAGAAUACCAACUGAGGGUGUAUAGCACCAGCCAAGAGCAGACGGGACCCCCGUACUACGCCCAGCCCUUCAGAACAAGCCUCGCCCCUCCCAGCAAUGUGAGGGAGGGUGUGGUGACGGACACUUCCACUGAGCUUCUCUGGGAUCCAGCUCAAGGACAGUCUGACAGCUACGAGGUCAUCUGCUUCAACUGUGACCAUUCACUCAUGGUGCAGAAAACGUUCAGUCAGAGUGCAGUGUUUUCUAAUCUGACACCAGGAAGACUCUAUCACUUCGCAGUACGAACAGAGAAGGAAUCCUUCGCAGACAGUCCCCCCGCCACUGUCAACAUCACUGCCGCUCCCAGCCCAGUGGAGGUGUUGAUCUUCAAUAAAACAACAUCCUCCAUAGCCAUCGGUUGGAGCAAGGUCAGGGGAAUUGUUAGUGGAUUCAUCCUGUUAAUGAAAAACAGAACCUCCAAUCAAAAGUUGAACCUCUCCGCACAGGAGUCAAGAUCUUACACUUUUGAAGGCCUCGCUCCUGGGAGCCAAUACACCAUUGAAAUGAUGAGCACCAGUGGAGAGAAGAGGAGUAAACCUACGACUAUUGUCCUUUAUACCAUUCCAGAGGCGCCACAGGAAGUUGUCCUUGUAGAGCAGGUUGUGACGUCUCUGUUUGUCAGCUGGCGGUCACCCCCGGGGCAGGUGGAGGGGUAUAAGCUGGUGUUUGGCCUGCUGUCGGCAGACAGGAGAUCAUGGCAUGAGGUGCUUGUCCAGGGUACAAGUUAUGAAAUCAAGGAUUUGAUUCCUGGGUCAGACUACGGUGUCAGCAUCUGCAGCGUACUCGGCUCAGACACCAGUCAAGCAGUCUACAGAGAGUUCAACACACGCCCAGCAGGAUUAUGUGUCCUCCGUCUGCUUAGCAUGAACUCUUCCUCUGCCACUGUGAGCUGGGACAAUGCUUUGGGUGAGUUCGACUUUCACAGAGUCACUGUGGCCAACGCAUCAGUCACACGCACACUCGCCAUCCCCAAGGAGGAGCGGGUUGCCGUGGUUACGGGUCUUGAGGACGGCUGCAGCUACAAUGUGAGCGCUGAGAGAGUGAGAGGAGAGUUGUCGGGGAGCGCUGCCUUUUUGACUGUAACCACAGUGCCAGCUCGUGUGCGGGGAGUGCGUGUAGUGAAUGUGUCUGCACGUGCAUUCUCACUACGUUGGGAGCGGUCAGCAGGGUGUGUGAACCAGUACCAAGUGAAACUGUGGCCCAACCAGGGAAAUGUCACAGUGCACUCCACACAUGAUGGAUACAUUCAGGCUGAUGUGGUCAGUGUGAGUCCAGGAACACAGUACAUGGUCACCGUCAGUGCAGCUGCCUCCUCCAAAAUGGGCCCCGCAGUCAGCCGCAUGGUUGACAACAAUGAGGGUGUUGGUCCACCUACAGGCCUAGAAGGAGAGAGCGUGGGCUCUAAUGGCAUCCUUCUCUCCUGGAUGAUGCCAGAUACUUCUUGGAAGAUUCUGGGAUAUGUCAUAAGGUACAAGGAGGUGUGUCCUUACCCAGAUUCCCACUUCACAUUUGUGACCAAUCUGGAUGCACCAGAGACCCUGCUAAAUACCCUCACCCCAGGCUCUACAUACAGCAUUCAGGUAGCAGCUGAAACUGAAGGUGGUGUUGGAGAAUACAGCAAAUCUCUAUACAUCAAGACCGCUGAAGCCUCUCCUGGCCUGGUGACAAACCUGACAGCGUUUGCUCAGAACCACUCCUUCGUUGUGGUCACCUGGUUCCUGCCGCAUCGCAUCAACGGCCUCAUCACCAAGUUUGCGGUCAAAGUUAAACAUGCUCGCACGGGCCAGUCGGUCCGUAUGCUGGAGCUCAAAGCUGAGGACAUCAUGAAUGGAGUGCUACCUCACUGCAAUGACGCUGCCGACAUCCUGUCUCGGGGGACUCCCAGUCCCUCAGAUGUAACAGCAUCUUCUCCCCCCAUCACCCUCUCGGCUGUGCCCCCCGCAGCGUCUUGGACUGUGCCUAUAUCAGUAGGAGUUGAUCAGCUGCGGCCUUACACAGCCUACGUCUUCGAAGUGUCUGCCUUCACCUCCGAUGGAGAGGGCCAGAUAGCAUCAACUAUGGUCCGCAUGCCAGAGUCAGCCCCCGAGGAUCCUCCUCAAAACUUAUCUAUAGGGAAUGUGACAUCUAAGUCAAUCUCCAUGUCCUGGGAUCCUCCCACCAUCACGACAGGAAGAUUCACUUAUGUUAUCUAUCUCUACGGACCUACAGGAUACAUCUAUGAGAACAACACGGCAGACACACGGUUUGUCAUUACUGGUUUGAGCCCAUACACGAUGUACACAGUGGCAGUCCGAGCCAAAUCUGCAGGAGAAGUGGGUCCAGAGGUGACCGCUCGUGUACUCACAUCCGCUGAAGCACCCAGUGCAGUACAAGACUUGAGGGCAGUAGCUGAGGACUCAGUUUCUAUCCGUGUUAGCUGGAGAAUCCCUGCUGAGCCCAAUGGUCCAAUCACUCAAUACAGACUGCAGGUCCUGUUUGGCGAUACCCUCCAGCAGGAUAUUACCAUCAUGGGAGAACAGAGUCUGAAUGAGGCGGGUUUGAUCGAAGACGGUACGUUUGCUCCUGAUCAUGACAGCUCACAGCGGCGUAAAAGAUCAGCUGAGCUCAGCCUCACCACCUCCCCGCCAACCUUCACUGCCACCGUUUCUGAUCGCACACAGCUCACCAGUAUGGCUGCUUCCCGCCUCACAAACUCUGACCCCACCGCCUCUGAAUACAACACUGGCACUCAACUUGACCCAGACUAUAAUUCUGCUGUUGACUCUGUAACGUCAGUCACUGAGAAUCCCAGCGGCACUAGAAUCAGUAAAGCCUCUGCGCAGACUGCAGACACUGACCCUGCAGCUUCAGUGACCACUGCUCUCUCUUUGACCUCUGUGUUACCUGCCACACUCCCACCCUGGCUAAAAAACCAAUCACAGAUCAGGGAUAUCACCUCUGACCCCUCCUCCUUGACCCUCACCCCCGGCCAGCCCCGCAUGUCUACCCGCGAUGCUGCAGUUACUGGCUACUUCUCGACUGUUUCUGGUACACCAAGAGGUGUGAUGGUGAAAAAGGUGGUGGAGGAUCUUUCUGAGCAGUUAUCUUACCUGGUGUCAGAUCUGAAUCCCUUCACAGAGUACAUCUUCAAGGUCACUGCUUCCACCCCUGUGGGAGAAGGCCCUGCCUCAUACAUCACUGAGAAGACCAGUGAACAGGUCCCUAGCUCGGUGCUGGAUGUAUCCUAUCAGAACAUUAGCUCAACUUCGAUACUGGUGAGCUGGACCCCACCCCUUCACCCCAAUGGACGGAUCACACAUUACACUGUCUAUGGUCUCAACCUCCAUAACAAUAAGGCCCUGCACUGGGCUACUGAAAACACCACCAUAUUGCUGUCAGGUUUGGACAAGUAUACUGGUUAUAAGCUGCGCGUGGCUGCAUCAACAGCUGUAGGGGAGAGCUCUCUGUCUGACGAGGAUGACAUCUUUGUUUACACCUUGGAGGACGAGCCUGACUCCCCACCUGAGAACCUCACUGUGGUAGAAAGCACCCCGUCCACGGUCACAGUGACAUGGUCUCCACCAAAGAAAGCCAAUGGGGUGAUCCAACAGUAUGAGGUCUUCUAUGGGAACGACUCCUUUUCUGCUGAGAUGAAGACUUCUUCCCCGAGAGCCACCCUAACCAACCUGAGGCCCUUCUCCUUUUACAACUUGUCUGUCAGAGCGUACACACGUUAUGGGCAUGGCAACCAAUCGUCAGAGAUUUUACGAGUGUUAUCUGGAGAGGAUGUCCCUGGUAGUCCUCCGUACGGUCUCUCCUAUGAGUCGCUCAGUCCCAGCGAGGUGAAUGUGACAUGGCAGCCCCCAUUGGUGCCUAACGGGGUCAUUACCCACUACAGCCUGGACCUCUGGAACUCCACUCACUACCUCAACCUCACCUCCCUAACUAACUUCAUCAGCAUCAAGCCUCUGAGGACGUAUGCCAACUACCACGUCAAGGUGCAGGCACACACACGUGUCGGGCCAGGCAACUACAGCAGCGAAGUACUCAACGUCACCACACUGGAGGAUGCCCCAGACACACCCUCUCAGUUCCUCCAUGCCAGGAAGUUGUCAGACAAUGACAUAAAGUUGUCGUGGAGUCAUCUGCCUGAAGCCAUUUCAGACAAAUACUACUACAUUAUCACAAUUUGGAAUGAGACGACUAAAUUGUGGUGGAAUGUGACUGAGACAUCAGCGGUAAUCAGAGUUGACCCACAGAGUCACUACAACGCCACUGUGUUCUCCUCCACCAAACUGGAAGAUGGAGGAGCCAUGACAUUUGUCGGUUUUACUACCAUUGAUCCAGAGCCAUCUGGCCCUCCGCAGAAUGUGUCUUUUGCAAAUGUGACCUCCUCCUCUGUUACUUUGCUGUGGCAUCCACCCAGUGAACCCAAUGGAGUCAUUGAGCACUACACCAUUUACUACUCUGACAAUACUACUGUCGCUGAGCAGAGACUACCAGUUUCAACUUUACCUGCCCCUGCCUCUCCUGACUCGCCCUUCUCCUACACUCUGACUGGGCUGACUGGGGGCACCAACUACACCAUAUGGAUGACCUCCAGCACUUCACAGGGGGAUGGAGGGGUCAGGAGCGAGCCCCAAACCCUGAUUACGCUUGACAAUGUGCCCGGUGGCCCAGUCCGCAACCUAAGCUUUCAAAUGUACGGCUCUACAGCCAUCGUAGUCAGCUGGAAACCUCCCCUGGAGCCAAAUGGUCAACUCUACUACCUACUCACCCUGCAGGAGGCGGGCAUCCCUCCUAGCCCACCUGGGCUCAGCUCAAGGCCUCCAGCUGUCAACAAGACCAUUGAAACGACCACAACUGAAAACGUCUACCUCUUUGUCAAACUCAGGACGUAUUUCCCUUACGUGGUCACUGUGACCCCAGCAACCGGUGCUGGCCCCGCCUACAACCAUACAAGCACAUUGCAUCUAAGAACAGAUGAAGGCAUCCCUAGUGCUCCGGUGCUGGUGUCCACCAGGAACGUGUCAUCCACCUCUAUCGCUGUGGUGUGGCAGCCCCCCCUGGAGGCCAACGGGGAGAUAACAGAGUACACCCUCACGCUGUUUGGCCCGGAAGAUUCCAACACCACCCGUUCUCUUAACACCUCGUUCAUAUUCACUAACCUACUUCCAUACACCCCUUACAAUCUCACCAUCACCGCUGCAACACGUAAAGGCUCAGGGCCUGCCCUCCUGCUGCUGCUACACACUGAUGAAGCAGGUCCCAUGUCUCCUCCCCGUAACUUGACUAUUUAUAACCAUACGGCCUUCUCUGUGUGGCUUAGCUGGGAACCCUCUCUAGAGCCCAGUGGAGUGGUGACACACUAUGGCUUUAGGAUCCGAGAGCUCAUCAGAGGCACCGUUUCACACCAGAAUUCCUCUGGUCCAUCAACCACUGCACAUCUAUCAGGCUUCAGGCCCAGUAGUGACUAUGAGAUCAGUGUUUGCAGUUACACCAGAGCCGGCCAUGGGGACCAAUUCAGCCGCCCUGUUACCUUCACAACCAACGAGUCAGUGGCCGAUGCAGUGGGGAACCUAUCUUGCACAGGGGUGAGCUGGGAUUCAAUUCAGCUGUUGUGGGACCUUCCGGCCAACCCCAAUGGACAAAUAAAUUAUUAUCAAAUUGUAGUGGGAUCAGACUCUCAAAACUACACACACCAGGCUUACACACCAGAAUACACAGUGACUGGGCUUUCACCGAGCCAGGAGUACACAAUGACUGUGACUGCGGUCAACUCUGCAGGACCAGGAGAUCAAAUAAAUUGCACUGCUUCCACUCAUCCUGAAUCAGUCCCAGGUGCCCCUCGCCUCCUGACCAUAUCUCAGGUCACACCCGACAGUGUGACACUCAACUGGGCUCCACCACUCUCCACUCCAGGCUUGCUGAAAGAGUACCACAUCACUGCACAAAUGCUGUCGACUACAUGUGAAGCAGAUAUCCCAAACGCUGCAGAGCCUGCCCCAGAGCAGGAACUGCACUCUGACUGUGUUGACGCUGAUGUGAUGGUGUCAGUGAAUGGUUCUGAUGGCUCUGACGGGAACCACAACUUCACACUCCAGCCCCUGACUAAAUACAGAUAUUACCGCUUCAGACUGGCAGCUCUGACCAACGCUGGAGUAGGGGAAUACACAUCCUGGAUCUAUAUACGCACCCUGGCUGGGAAUCCUGAUGCCCCUCCCCAUAGCUUACACAUCAUCCCCACCUCCAACAGCCUGCGUAUCCAAUGGGAGGCGCCUGCUGUUCUCUCUGGACCCACCUCCUAUCUUGUGCAUCUGGAUGAUGCAGCUUUGAACCACUCUGUGGUCCGCGCUCCAGGGGAGUUGAAGGAUGUCAUUGUGACCAACCUGACCGCCUUCACCACUUACUCUGUGAUGGUCACGGCCUUCACUGGGCCACUUGAGAAUGCUACUAGGGAUGGGAAGGCCAGUAACAUCACCCUCAUCCAAACCCUUGAGGAGAAGCCCAGAGACCCACCCAAGAACGUUACCCUGGAAAUUAUUCCAGAGGAGGUCACCCAUGUGCUUAUGAAAUUCACCCCCCCAGAGGAACCCAAUGGAAACAUCAGUUCCUACCUGGUGCAGAUUUACCACCAGGGUCAGCUGGUCAUGACCAUCAGUCACCUUAACAUCACCAAAAAACAGAAUAACACGCUGACCGCUGUCAUAAAUGGCCUGAAGGGAGGGCAAAACUACAGCAUACGGAUUGCAGCAGUGAACGGGGCUGGCAAAAGCCCCCCCAGCCCAGAAGUCCAAAUAACAACAGGGAUUAAAGCCCCAGCCAAGCCAACCCAAAGACCCCAGGCAGUGAUUGGCCAUGGAGGAGUUGCCGUGGUAACUCAUAGGAGCAUCACCAUCCGCAUGCCUGUCUGUUUCUAUAGCGACCACAAUGGACCAAUCAGAAACAUUCAGGUCAUCGUGGCCGAGUCAGGGGUAAAGGAUGGAAAGAACCUGACUAAUUGGAAGAAUGCAUUUUUCCAUCAUCCCGCUCCUUACCUGACAGAUGAGGGGUUCCCCAACCCAAACUGUCCAAAGGACAGAGAAAUGCGCCUCAGAAAUGGACGUAGUGUGCCUGAUGGCCUUUCACUUGUGAGGCGCAAUGAGGCAAAGGCAGAAAAGGCAGAAACAUAUGUGAUUGGAGCGAAUGAUGAUUGUAUGGAGCAAAAUAACACUCGACACCUCUGCAACGGACCUCUGAAAGCUAAUACUGUCUAUGUGUUUAAGUUCAGAGCCACCAACAUACUGGGCCAAUACACAGACUCAGAGUACUCUGAGCAUGUCAAAACUGCAGCGGAAGGGGUGUUGACCAGAGACGAGCAGAUCAUUCUGGGAGUUCUCCUCUCCUUCUUCUUGGCAGUGUUGCUCAUCAUCAUCAUCUGUGCCUCAGUCAAGAUCCAUCAACGUAAGACCGAGGGCGGGACCUACUCGCCCAGAGAAGCAGAGAUCAUAGAGACCAAAUAUAAACUGGACCAGUUGAUCAAUGUGGCUGACCUGGAGCUGAAAGAAGAGAAGCUCAACCGGUAUUCUUCCUUCUUCUUUAGGCGGAAAGAAAUAUAUGUCAUCCAGCUUCUCAGCUACAGAAAAUCACUCAAGCCUGUCAAUAAGAAGUCUUUUCUGCAGCAUGUGGAGGAUCUGUGUGCCAAUGAAAAUGCCCAGUUCCAUGAAGAGUUUGCUGACCUCCCCAAGCUGCUACACGACCUGUCCACCUCAGACGCUGACCUACCCUGGAACCAAUCCAAGAACCGCUUCACCAACAUCAAACCUUAUAAUAACAACCGAGUGAAGCUGCUGUCUGAACCAGGCAUGCCAGGCUCUGACUACAUCAAUGCCAGCUUCAUCUCAGGCUACCUGUGUCCCAAUGAGUUCAUAGCCACCCAGGGUCCUCUCCCUGGCACAGUGGCUGACUUUUGGAGGAUGAUCUGGGAGACAGGAACCCGCACCAUCGCCAUGCUCACACAGUGUUAUGAGAAAGGCAGGAUCCGGUGUCACCAGUACUGGCCAGAGGACAACAAGCCAGUGACAGUGUUUGGUGACAUCAUCAUUACCAAACUGACAGAGGACUGCUAUCCUGACUGGACUGUCAGGGCUUUGAAAGUAGAACGGCAUGGCGACUACAUGGUGGUUCACCAUUUCAACUACACAUCCUGGCCUGAGCAUGGAGUCCCACAGUCCAGUAGCACUCUCAUCCAGUUUGUCAAAGCCAUCAGGGCCAACAGGAAUGAAAACACCACUAUAGUGGUACACUGCAGUGCUGGUGUGGGCAGGACAGGUGUGUUUAUCGCCCUUGACCACCUCAUUCAACAUGUGAGUGAUCACGACUUUGUGGAUAUUUACGGCCUGGUGGCUGAGCUGCGCAGCGAGAGGAUGUGUAUGGUACAGAAUCUGGCCCAGUACAUGUUCCUGCACCAAAGUACCUUGGAGCUGCUGAGCUGCAAAGGCAACAGCCAGUCCAUCUGGUUUGUAAACUACUCUGCUCUGGACAAGAUGGACUCACUGGAUGCCAUGGAAGGUGAUGUUGAGCUUGAAUGGGAAGAGACCACUAUGUAACUAGGCAACUGACUGAUACCAAUGCCUGAGGAGGAGCACUUGUGAUUUGCCGGGUCAUGGCACCACAUCCCGAGCACGGACCCUGGGAAGGACCUCCUCUACCAUGCAAGGCGUAGAGGGAGAGAAAAACGGAGAAACAGGAAAUGAACAGAGCAGUCUGAAUUGAACUGGAAGUCAGUCUCUCUUUGUCAACUGGAGCCCAAACUGAACCAGUGUGCUUCACUUCAACUCUCUGAACAGUCCUCCCUUACAGCACCUCUGUCCACAUUUUUGAAAAGACAGGGAGAGAGAGAGAGAGAGAAAAAAAUGGGGCAGAGGGACAAAGCAUUUCAGAAACACAGGGGAGAACGUCAGAGUGAAAGAGAAAUGAAGUGAGAGCUCUGUCACAUCGAGAGCCUACAGGUAUCUCACACGGACAAUUUCAGUGUGUUUUAUGUGUAACUUAGUUACAACAGUCUGUUUUUGUAAGAUCAUGAUGUAUUCAGCCAAAUGGU